ACUGUUCAACAUCUUGCCUUAAUAUAUAUAGUGGUGGUCUAGAUAUAUUUACCAUGCUAUGCCCAAAAUAUCUACAGAACUACUGUUUUUUUUUAACUCUCCAUAAAACUGUAAGCAUUCUUGAGUUUUCCAUGCAUUAAUUAAUUGUUUCUGCAAACUUUUGAUACAAUGUUAAUUAUUUUUGUUGCUAGAGCUAUCUAUAAUGCACAUAUUUACAUGUGAGUCCCUUUUUACGUGGCAUCGGUUGCAAUUCCUGAUCUUAUUUUUUUUUUCUCUUUGUGUAGGAGUCAUUUGAAAAAUCAAAUUCUGAUGCCAUCCUAAUACUCUAGCAUGCCUGCAAUCAUCUUGCUAGAAACAGUAGUUUGUUUAACAAAUCCCGAUCUUCCAUGGGUCUGCAAGGUUAUUGAUUAUCUCCUGCAGAGAAAAGUUUUCUCUUUGUUGCGUGGCAUGCUCCUAACUGGUGUGCAAAAUGUGAAGACUCUAGAGUCCCGUGAAAGUGUAUCUUCCUUGGAGCAUGUUCUUAUCCUAAUUGCUUCACAUAUUUGUCAGCAUCCAUGUUGUUGUUCAAAUGUUGACCCACAAUGGAGUUUUUCCUCACAACUUCUUACCAUUCCUUUUCUAUGGCAUCGUCUACCAUACUUCAAGGAGGGUUUUUCAACCAAGGGACUGGGCAAAUAUUAUAUUCAUCAGAUGGCAUCAUGUUUGCCUAAUCAUGUCCGUGUCCUUCCGAAUGAUGCAGCACUUGAAUAUCCAGGCUAUGCCUGCCUGCUUGGAAUUCUAGAGGCUGCUGGUGUUGCUUUGUCUGAACGAAACUGUGCUUCUAAUACAGUUCUUUUAAUGUAUCUGUGAUGAGUGUUCAGAACCAAGUGACAAUGAUGUAAUCAUGGAAGAAGAGUUCAAGGAAACUCUGAAUAUUGAUUUGGAAAGACAAAUAUGCAGUGCAAUGGAUUUAUGCCUUUUUCUGCAUUUGGUGCGCUUUGUUUAGAGAUACAUUACAUGCUGAUAUUUCUGAUAGGGAUGGGCCAUCCAGUGAGGAGGUGGAAGCUAUAAGUGCUGUUUGUGCUUUCCUUCAUGUUACAUUCAGUACACUGCCUCUUGCACUCAUGAUGA